AUGCAGCCUCCCAAGCCAUUAACGCUUAUCGUGGCAACAACGCCCCUCUUCCCAGCCGGCGAAGAAACCACCCGCCUAGGCAUCGGCCUGAAAGGCACACUUCCCUGGCCUCGCAUCAAAACCGACAUGUCGUUCUUCGCGCGCGUAACCUCGCGCCCGCCAACAGCCGGAAAAACCAACGCCAUUAUUAUGGGCCGCAAAACAUACGACUCGGUCCCUGCGUCGCUGCGUCCGCUCGCAAAGAGAAUCAGCGUUGUUGUGUCGCGGGAUACGAGCGGGUCUGUCAAAGAGGGUGUUCUGAAGGAACUUGAGAAGAGGAGGGAGAAAAUUGCCACCAAGGCCGCGGAGGCUGCGGCGGUGUCUGGAAAGACUGAGAAUGUCGAGCCUGUGACCGAUGCGAUUGUCGAGAGCAGUCUGGAUGGUGCGCUGAGGGCGUUGGAGUCUAAGGCUGAUGUUGGAAAGGUGUUUGUUAUUGGUGGAGCGGAGAUUUAUAAUGCUACGCUUGGGUUGGAGAGGGGGGUGAGGGUUGUUAUGACGAAUGUUGUCAGGAAGGAUGGGGAACCGUUUGAGUGUGAUACUUUCUUUCCGGUGGAUUCGUUUGAGGGGUGGCGGGCUGCUAGUUCUGAGGAGGUUUCUGAGUGGGUUGGGGAGGAGGUUGAUGGGCAGUGGAAGGACGAUGGGGAUGUUAAGGUCCAGAUGGUUGGGUUUGAGAAGGUUUAG